AUGUACUGCACUGCACGGCGACCCAUGGAUGGAAUUAACUUGACUGCUGCAUCCAGCCGAGGAACCACAUUCCUCUGGUGCAGUACGGAUGCAGACAAAGUAGAGGGAAGUCCAAUAGCGAUUCCGGCAUUCCACAUGCGCUGCAUUCCGCUUGCUACCUUGCUUUGCCUAUGUAUAUUAACUAUCUAUCUUAUAUCUGACAGUAGUCUAUCUCCAUCACCUUUAUCUACUCUUUACAUCUUUCCCCCUCACCACAUAUCUAGAAUUUACAUUGAAACAACCAAAAUGCCCUCCUUCCCCCCACCCCCGACCCCGUCCAUCGACUGGACCAACAUCGGCUUCAAAGUGCGCGACGUAAACUACCACAUCGAAUCCACCUACGACUCCCAAACCCAAACCUGGUCACCUCCCCAACUAAUCAAAUCCCCCUACCUCUCCAUCCACGGACUCUCCCCAGCCCUAAACUAUGGCCAACAAGCCUACGAAGGCCUAAAAGCCUUUCGCCAUGCCACCACCUCCUCCUCCAACCAUGAAAAUAAAAUAACCAUCUUCCGCCCAACCCUCAACGCAACCCGCCUCUCCCACUCCUCCACCCUCCUCUCCAUCCCCCCAAUCCCCACCCCCAUCUUCCUCUCCGCCGUGAACCUCGCGGUAGCCACCAACGCCGAAUACGUGCCCCCCUACACCAACCCAGCCGUCACAGGAGGGGGCCUCUCCGCGCUCUACAUCCGACCAUUAGUAUUCGGCUCAUCGCCGCAGAUCUCCCUUACCCCGCCCGAGACCUUCACAUUCGCAGUGUACGUCACACCGACAGGCCUAUACCACGGGAUCUCCGCGGUGGACGCGCUCAUCCUGGAGGAAUACGAUCGCACGGCGCCAAAGGGCACAGGGAGUGCUAAAGCUGGGGGGAACUAUGCGCCCGUCCAGAGACAUAGUAUGGCGGCGGCUAAGGAGGGGUAUGGGAUCACGUUGCAUUUGGAUAGUAAGACGCGGAGCGAGGUGGAUGAGUUUUCGACGAGUGCGUUUAUCGGGGUGAAAUAUGGUGGGGGUGGGGAUGAUGAAGGGAAUGGUGUGACGCUGGUGCAGCCGGAUAGUGACAAUGUGAUUGACUCUGUGACUGCGGCGUCGGUGUUGGAGAUCGGGGAGAAGAUGCUCGGGUAUCAAGUGGAGAAGAGAAGUGUCAAGUAUGAGGAGAUACGGGAGUUUGAUGAGGUGAUUGCGGCGGGGACGGCGGCUGGGUUGGUUCCUGUGAGGAGUAUUACGAUGAAGAGUCGGGGGGAGAAGUGGGGGUUUGAGUAUGGGUAUGGUGGUGGUGGGAAGGGGGAAGGGGGGCCGGUGUGUAGGAGGUUGUUGGGGUUGUUGCAGGGGAUUCAAACGGGGGAGGUGGAGGAUGUGUUUGGGUGGAAUUGGGAGGUUAAAGAGGUGGAGGGGAUGAUGGGGAGGGAGAAUGAGGGUGUGGGGGAGGGGGAGGAGAAUGGGGUGAAUGUGCCUUAA